CAUCCAUCUCCAUCCAUCUCCAUCCUUCUCCAUCCGCUCCCGUUCCCGCCGCCCCUUUCACUCCACACCCGCUGCGGCUCGAUCCUAUCGCCUCGCCAACCCUGCUCUCGCCAACGCCAUGGCCACACGAUCACGGACAGUGCUCUUCUUGCAAUACCGCAAUACCCUUGGCCGGUCCAAGCGGCCUUUCCCGGCAGCCGUCCGGCCCAGCAUCGACGCUUCUGAGAGCGCUGGGCUCAUCUCCAACGAGCAGUCCGAGGUUGUCGUCCAGAUGUCGAUUUUGCCUCCGAAAUGGGUCGAUGUCGUUGAUGAGGUCGAGGAAGUUAUCGGUCGAAUCAAGGAGAAGCUGACGACCUUGCAGGCUCUGCAAAAGAAGCACCUGAUGCCUGGUUUUGACGACAACCUUGAAGACGAGGAGACGAUAGAGCGGCUGAACGAAACCAUUGCAAAGAUGUUUCAAGACUGCAAGAAGAAAAUCAACAAAGUACACAGCGAGCAAAAGGCCACAGACGAGACCGCCCAGACCAAAGUUCUGGGCAAGAACAUCCAGACGGCACUUGCGACAAAGCUGCAAGAUCUCUCGACGACCUACCGCAAGAUACAGUCUUCGUAUCUCAACAAACUCCGCGGGAGAAAGAACAAGUCCAGCACGGUUUUUACAGCAGAAGAGAACCCGGAGGACGAGGAUUUGGAUGUGGUAUUCACGGAUGCUCAGCUGGCAGUCGUCGCUGACAACGAGCGCGUGAUAUCCCAGAGGGAGAGGGAUAUCAACGAGAUCGUCAAGUCUAUUCAGGGUCUGGCCCAUAUCUUCCAGGAGCUGCAGACCAUGGUCAUCGACCAGGGCACGAUUCUGGAUCGAAUCGACUACAACAUUGAGCAAGUGGCAGUGCAUGUCGAGAAGGCUCACGGCGAGCUCACCAAGGUAGGGACGAGGGGAGAAAGCCGAAUCGGGUUUCAUGCGCGGACAGCAGAGACCAUGUGUGUCGGCUGCCCAGGUUGAGCCAGGUCCUGCCGGGUUGUCGUCCCUCCUCAGCAAUAGGAGCUGCGUGUGUGC